CAGCUCGUAAUCAUAUUGGAAAUAUUAAACCAAUUAUGAUUAUGAGUGUAGAUAGUCUUGAACCAAAAGAUUAUACACGUUUUCCAAAGACACUUAUGUCAGCAAUUAAUAAAUUUAAAACAUAUAAUUUAGAUGCAUUAUUUAUUAUAACACAAGCACCAGGUCAAACAGCAUUUAAUGUUGUUGAACGACGUUUAGCAACAUUAUCACAAGAUUUAACUGGUUUAGUUUUACCACAUGAUUAUUUUGGUACACAUUUAAAUGUUAGUGGUUUAACAGUUGAUGCUGAAAUGGAAAAACAAAAUUUUAAAGCAACCGGUGAAGUUCUUGCUGAAGUUUGGAGUAUGGAUUUGAUUGAUCAUCAUCCAGUUGUAGCACAAUAUAUUGAUCCACCAACAUCAAUUGAUGAUAUGAUUAUAUUAAUUGAUACACAAUCUACUAUAGAUAUGAUUAUUGAUGAAAUUUGUGAUGAAGAAGAAGAAAUUUCACUUCAUCUACGUAUUAAACAAACGCGAUCAAUUCCAUAUCCAAAUUUAACUACAGAUACAAAACCAAAACCAAUUUAUAAUAUUGAUGAAUAUUGGUGUGCAACACAUGUUUUUCAAACUCAAUAUACAAUACAAAUAAUUCGUUGUACGAAAACUGAAUGUUGUGGUCCAUGGCGUUCAAAUUAUAUUCAAGUAUUUCCUCAUCGUUUUCUUCCACCACCUGUACCAUUUGAUCGUUCAUCAGCUGGUGUUCGAUUAGCUGAACUUGAAUCAUCAUAUGCUAAUAUAAAUUCUCUAUCACCAUAUUAUGGUACAUUAUUUCAACGUAUACAAUUUCAUGGUAUUGUUAUAUAUGGUACAAAUAAUUCACUUUUACCAUUUGAUUCAUAUUGUCCAUCAAUACAAACAAAAAUUCAUUCACGUGUAUGUUCAAUUUGUAAACAAUAUAUUCCAUCACCAACUCGUUUACGUAAUCAUUAUAAAGUUCAUCAACAACGUUAUGCAUCAAAUUGUAUUGAUUAUAAAUUUAAUAAAGAUGAAGAAUUAAUUGAUGAACCUGAUCCAAUUGAUCCAAAUGAAAUGCCAUUAUAUCAAAUAAAUCCAUCUCAUAGUGGUGUUUUUCUUUUUUCGGAUAUGAUUGAAUGGUUAAAAUC